UAUCAUUAAUUAGUCUACGGAUAGUCUCCUACGGUGGUGGUUUAUUACAGUUAUUAUUGUGACUGUUGUUAUUAGUAAUAUUACAUGCAAAAUAUGGUUUACUUACUUUUUACGUCUACUUUAACCGAAGAGGAGUCUAUGUUGCAGAUGAAAUAUGGAAAACUCAAGAGAAAGAAAAAAGCAUUGCAAGAUUUAAAAUCACCCAAACAAGAAACAGAACGUGUACCACAAGCACCCAAACGUCCAACAGAAGCAAGAGAUGCCAGAGAAGUUGCAAAGAAACUUAUCAAGUCUGGUGUAAUUACAGCACCAAAAACACCCAAGAGACCGGAACAAUCAUUCAAAAGGCCACGUGGAUUGGAAAGAAAAUUAAAUAGUACUGAAAAAACAGUUAGCUCUUAUCAACCAUUUUCAGCAGCUCAAAUGGAAGAAGAAGAAAGUGAUACAGCAAGACCUAGGGUUAAAGAUUUGUAUAAUAGUUUUAUCACUGCUCAAGACAAAGAGGAUAGAAGUCCGGUUGAUAAACAAGCACAAGUCAAACAAGAAAUUAAACCUAGAGCUGGUAAUACAAUAUUUGUUUGCGGUUAUAAGAUAUCUGAAGAUUUUUUGAAAAAACAUUUUCAAACAUUUGGCAAUGUUAUCAACAUAUCAAUGGAAGCUGAGAAAAAUCGAGGAUUUGUGACCUUCGACAAACCUGAGUCAGCUGAGAGAGCAAUCAGUGAGAUGGAUGGUAGCAUGGUUUCAUCUAUCCAAUUAAAAGUUUCUUUGGCAAGAAGACAACCAAUAAUAGAACCGAUGAACGAUGCAUCUUCUAGUUCAAUGUGGACCUCGAUAGCGGCUAAUUAUUCCUUGAAGAGUGUACAUAAAGAUAGACGUGAUUUGAAAGUUUACGAAGAAGAUCUUUUCCAGCGAGUGAUGACCUCUAAUUUUGGGUUGCAGCCUAGAAAGAUUAUACCUAAAGAAGCAACUGUAUUAUAUUAGUAUCAAAUUAAUCAGUAAACAAAUAAAAUUUCUCAUUGUAAUAAUUUA